AUGGAUGUUUGGAUUCUUCUUAAACUAUGGAUUUUGAUAGAUCGUAAAAAACGUAUGCCAUAUUGUCGUUCACUAUUGAAGUGCAUUCGUUAUAAUUUGUUAAAUGAUGAACAGAAGAAUGAAAUUAUAAAAGAUCUUACACAUUUUAAAAUAAACAUUAUCGAUGGUCAAAAAAGUAUAAAUUGGUCAAUGAAUACGGAAACGAGAAUUCCACGUGAUUUAUUAUUAGCAAUUGGAGGCUGGGAGAAAAGAGGGCCAACAAAUGUGGCAGAAGUAUUAAAUAUAAAUACUAAUAAAUGGCAACGUGCAAAGAUACUUGAGGAUAAACGUCAAAUAGCUUAUCAUGAAUGUAUUGUUAUCAAUAAUGUAAAAAUUUCACUAUUAAAUAUUUAA